CCACUAUCUUUCAUACCCAUCACUCUUCUUUUUCCUCUUCUUCUUUGUAUCACCUCUCAAAACUAAACAUGCCAAAGCAAAAUCACGCUUCCCUUCUACUUCUCUUCAUCUCAUUCGUCGCCUUCUCCACCGCAACCGCAAACGCAGGAGUUGGAACGUCAAAAACGGCGGUGAAUUUCAUACAAGCCUCUUGCAAAGCCACGACUUACCCUGCCCAAUGCGUCCGCUCGCUCUCCGUCUACGCAAACGCCAUCCAAACAAGCCCCCAACGCCUGGCCGAGACCGCCUUAACCCUCAGCCUUAACCGGGCCCUCUCUACCAAGACCUUCGUCUCCCGGUUGACCCGGUUCAAGGGCAUUAAGCCACGUCAGUACCAAGCGAUCAAGGACUGUGUGGAGGAGAUCGGCGACACCGUUGACCGUUUGACAAAGUCGGUCCAAGAGUUCAAGCUCUGUAACAGAGCAAGAGGUGGGAAUAGUUUCUGGUACCAUAUGAGCAACGUUCAGACAUGGACGAGUGCUGCUUUGACCGAUGAGACCACUUGCUCCGAUGGGUUCGCCGGUCGGGUCAUGGACGGCCGGAUCAAGAGCUCGGUCCGCGCACAGAUCGUCAACAUGGGCCGAGAAACUAGCAAUGCUUUGGCUUUGAUUAAUCACUUUGCUUCCAAAAAACACUAAGACUGUGAUUAUAUGUUAGGUUUUGUAUCCAGAUAUAUAUGUGUGUGUUUUGCUACGGUUUUGUUGUGAAAUCUAUAUACCCCUUUUAUCGUGGUUUUCAUGUCUGAUCGGGUGCGUAUAUAAACUGUUGAAGUUUAGGUAACCUUAAUAGUGUGGGGUUUUGCGAAAUUUAAAGCUUUUAGGAUGCCGCAUGUCCAAAAUUUUACAAUCAAAUCUCUAGUAAUGUAUAAAUUUCAA